AUGUCGCUAGAAGAGCUAUCUAUUGGGAACGAGCUCAAGGACUCAUAUAAAAUCACCUCACAAUGGGUCAAAAAUGGUAUCAAUUGGUUAGGUGAUAUCGACGAGUUCUAUCGUGAACGGGCCGCUAUAGAGAAGGACUACUCCUCCAAGCUACGAGACCUUACCAAGAGAUAUUUCGAAAGAAAGGCAAAACUCUCCUCGAAUCUUUCCGUUGGUGACGAGCCCCAGAUCACGCCAGGCUCACUAGAGAGUGCCUCGGUUGUGUUAUGGAACGAUGUUCUAACUCAAACAGAAGCCAUUGCCGAGGAAAAAUCCAAGUUUAGUCUCGAGUUGCAGUCGAAAGUAGGGGAGAACCUCGUGAGUUUAAGAAACAAGUGCGACCGUCUCGAGAAGCAAAUUGGCGGAAUCAAUGAUUUCUUGAAUAGCGAAAAGAAAAAAGUCGAGGAGGAUGUUGCCAAGUCCAAGAAACAGUACGAUGCCUUGUGUCAGGCAACAGAGACGGCACGGGAUAAAAAUCAGAAAUCUCCUAGCGACAAGCACGAGCGGAAAGUGCAGGAGAAGCAAGUCGCCAUGAACAAUGGCAAGAACGAGUAUCUAAUAAAGAUCAACAUUGCCAAUCGGUUGAAAGAUAAAUAUUACUACCAGGACAUUCCUGAAAUAAUGGACUACUUACAGGAGCUAAACGAAGACAGAGUUGCCUUGUUGAACAAGCUAUUGACAAACGCGUGCAUUAUAGAGCGAAACUCGCUUGACCGUGUCAAGGAGAAGCUACACAAUGUAGACAAGACCGCCGUGCAAAAUAAUCCGAAAUUGGAUGUGGCCAUGUUUAUCAAACACAAUGCCAUUGCCUGGCAAGAGCCGCAAGAUUUCUACUUUGUACCAUGUUCGUUCUGGCACGACGAUGAAAGCUUGAUAAUCAAGGAACCAGAACUCACGGAAUUGAGGAAACGCUUACAGAUUGCUUCGAACGAGUAUAGAAAUUUCGAACUGUCCUGUCUUGACAUUAAGCAGUCUCUCGAGGAGAGCACAGCUCAGCGCAAGAAAGACGACAAGGACAGCAUCACUUUGAAAUUCGACAGCAACCUACAAAACUCGUUGCAGAUUUUAAGUCGCUUCAUGAAAGAGGAUAGCAGUCGAAUCAAGAACGAAGUUGAAAUUGAAAUCAUCCAGAACUUUGCCGGUGACCAGGACUUGCGUUAUGUGGCGCCCGCAGCGGAGAAGAAAUCAAGAUUUGGGUUCCUAAAGAGCAAAUCCAGGACUGGCACUGCCACUGAUCUUUCUGACGCAAAUGCAGACGCGCAUUCAAUCAAAACUGCAAACACCUCGACUUCACUUGGCAGCAACAUUUUCAGCCUCCGAAGAAAUAAAAGCACGGCAACAAACGGAUCAAGGGGCGGUGCAGCUGGAACCGGAAAUGGAACUACGGCUAGGGCCAUAUACCCUUACACGGCAGCCGGUGAGGACGAAACAGGCUUGGCUGCGGGAGACGAAAUGACCGUUGUUGAAGCCGACGAUGGGUCAGGGUGGACGUUGGUCAAUGGUCCCCUGGGACAAGGUCUUGUGCCUACAUCCUAUAUUGAAAUCAUCAGCACUGCACCGCCAGCGGGCAAACUGGCGCCUCCUGCCGUGGCGCCGAAAAGAGGAGCGAAAAGAGUGCAAUAUUUGGAAGCCUUGUACGAUUACGAGGCCGAUGGUGACGAUGAGUUGACGAUACAGGCUGGUGACAGAAUCAUUCUUGUUCAAGAUGACACAGAAGGGAACGGCUGGACCGAGGGCGAGUUGAAUGGUGAAAAGGGUAUGUUCCCUACUAGUUACGUGAAGAAAGUGUGA